UUCUGUAUGAUUAGCAUUUAAAUUGAUGUUUCCAAGCAAUUAGUGCUUGAGAUUCCAAGUUGUGAAUGUUUAGUUAGAACCGUGGGAUGUUUAACUAGAUUUUAUGGGAUUGGAAUGAGUUGCUUCUUGUUGUGUAGCCCUCGACUUAGUGGUCCUUUCAUCCUCUGCAUGCACCUCAAAGUAAAUAUUGAGGAGGAGGUGAGGAUGUCGACUCCUGCGAGGAAGAGACUGAUGAGGGAUUUUAAGAGGUUGCAGCAAGAUCCUCCUGCUGGAAUUAGUGGUGCCCCUCAAGAUAACAACAUUAUGCUCUGGAAUGCUGUUAUAUUUGGGCCUGAUGACACCCCAUGGGAUGGAGGUACGUUUAAGCUGACACUUCAGUUCACGGAGGAUUAUCCAAACAAGCCACCCACGGUUCGUUUUGUAUCUCGAAUGUUCCAUCCAAAUAUAUAUGCUGAUGGAAGCAUCUGUUUGGACAUUUUACAAAAUCAAUGGAGUCCAAUUUAUGAUGUAGCUGCAAUACUGACAUCUAUUCAGUCAUUGCUCUGUGAUCCAAAUCCAAACUCCCCCGCAAAUUCAGAAGCUGCUCGGAUGUUUAGUGAAAACAAGCGCGAAUACAAUAGGAGAGUACGUGAGAUUGUCGAGCAGAGUUGGACUGCCGAUUGAUAUCUCAUGUUCGACUCCGUAGUAAGAACGAAGCGUGAAUAUAAUAGGAGAGUAUGUGAGAAUGUCAAGCGGAGUGCGGACCGCCGAUUGAUAGCUCGAGGUUUGGUUUCUAUGGAACAGCAAAAAUAGUCCAAUGGCCUGUCUAAAUAACAUUGAAAACUGAAAAUGUGUUGCGUACUAUUUUGACUCUAUUAGUUGUUUGUGUCGUGAAAAUGAACGAUUCUUCUAGGGCAGCACUUUCAUCUAGUAAUCAAAAAGCAUAAAUAAGCCAUAA